AUGGAGGGGAGUUCAAAAGAGCGAAGCAUCUGUAAAAAUGAUGGAUUAGCAACUUCAACAGAAAGUAGCAGAGUGCCUACUUCAUCAGUAUAUGACUAUGAAGUAUUCUUGAGCUUCAGAGGAAAAGAUACUCGAGCAGAUUUUACUGACUUCCUUUAUACUAGUCUAGUAGAUGCUGGAAUCCGCGUAUAUAGGGAUGACGAGGAGCUCCGUGUUGGGGAAGAGAUUGGCCUGGAACUUCUCCAAGCAAUUAAUCAGUCGAAAAUCUCAAUUCCUAUCCUUUCAAAAGGGUAUGCCUCUAGUGUGUGGUGUUUGAAGGAGUUAGUCCAAAUGGUCGAGCGUCAGAAAACUAGAGGGCAAAAGAUCAUUCCCAUUUUCUAUGAUGUGACACCUUCAGAGGUUCGAUCCCAAACUGGGGAUUAUGUAGAGGCGUUUCUUUCUCAUGAAAAGUCGAAGCGGUAUAAUGAAGGGACUAUAGGUGAGUGGAAGGCUGCUCUCAGUGUGGUUGGGGCAAUAAAGGGUUGGGACCUGCAAAGCUCGCCCAAAAGGCGAGAAGGUGAGCUUGCAAAAACACUAACCCGGGAGGUUUUCAAUGAGUUGAAAAAGGCUUAUCUAGUGGUAUCAAGCAACUUGGUUAGUGUGGACCACACUGUAGAUCAAAUCAUGGAGAUAAUAGAUGCUCCGACAAAUGAAACAAGGAUUAUAGGAAUCCAUGGCAUGGGAGGAAUGGGAAAGACGACCAUUGCCAAAAUCAUCUACAAUCAGCUUUCACGCGAUUUUGAGAACUGUUGUUUUCUUCGUGAUAUCCGAGAAACAUCAAAAGGCAAUGGCAUUCAAUGCUUGCAAAGUCAGCUCAUUUCUGACAUCCUCAAAAUAAAAUCUGUGGAUAUAAAAAAUAUUGAUGAAGGGACUCAAACAAUUAAAGACAGGUUGUUUGAUAAAAGAGUCCUUCUUCUUCUAGAUGAUGUGGAAGAAGAGAAUCAUAUAGAUGCACUUGUAGGUAAGUGUGAUUGGUUAGGUAAAGGGAGCAAACUUAUUAUUACUACAAGAAACAAAGAUGUUCUCGAUAUUCCUGAAGUGGAUUGCAGUUUUGAGCUCAAAAGCAUGGAUCUCGAUCAAUCUCUUCAACUAUUUAGCAAACAUGCUUUCAGAAAAGAUUAUCCUUUGGAUGAGUAUAUCGACCAAUCCAAGAAGGCAGUACGCAUUGCUGGAGGUCUUCCACUAGCUCUUGAGGUCAUAGGUUCACUUUUAUCUCACACUAAAAAGGAAAAGUGGGAUGUCAUAUUGAAGAAGUUGGAAAGUGUUCCUCCUGAUAAAGUUCAAAGUAAGCUGAAAAUAAGUUACGAUGCAUUAGAUGAUCGGCAAAAGCAUAUAUUCCUUGAUAUAUCUUGUCUUUUCAUUGGAUAUGACAAAGAUACUGUGGUUCAUUUUUGGGAUGCAUCUAAACUUUUUCCCGAAGAAGCCAUGGAAGUUUUGCAGAAUAUGUCUUUGAUUAAGAUUAAAGAGGAUGAUGAAGUAUGGAUGCAUGACCAACUCAGAGGUCUCGGAAGAGAAAUAGUUCGCCGAGAAAGUAACAUGAAGAUAGGUAAGCAAAGCAGGGUGUGGAGUCCUGAUGAAGCAUUGGAUUUGCUAAUGAGCCAUGAGGAGAUAAAGAAUUUAAAAAUUUUGAAGCUGACCAAUUGUUAUUGCUUGGAGAGAACUCCCAAGUUCUCUGCUCAUACAAAUUUAGAACGUUUGAUUUUACGGGGUUGCAGCAAAUUAGUUGAAAUUGAUAGGUCAAUUAGUCAAUUGAAACAUUUAGUUUCCUUAGAUGUAAGAUAUUGUCAAAAGCUUCAGAGGCUACCAGAUGUGCUUGGUGGACUAGAAGCUUUGAAAGAACUCUUGAUUGAUUCAACUCCAAUCGAGGAAAUCCCUAAUUGUCAAGGAAUGAGGAAUUUAAGGAUUUUAACAGCUUCUCAUUGUGGGAUAGUUACACUUCCCCUCUCAAUUGGAGAUCUUGAAAGCCUUAAAUACCUAUCUAUGGAAAUGUGCAAAUCAUUGGAGAGGCUCCCGGAUUCAAUCGGGAAUUUGGAAUUGUUGAUUAAGUUGGAUAUAUCUGGGACAAGGAUCAAAGAACUACCUGACUCUAUUGGAAAAUUGAAAAAUUUAAAAAUAGUGAAGAUGAAGGAGAUAUCGAUAUGCAAAAUACCCGAUGCCCUUUGGACGAUUGAGAAGCUCGAAGAAAUAGAAGUCACAGGUGUACCACCUUUCUAUAUUGAACAUAGGGAAGAUGAACGAGAUUUCCAUGUGAACAUUGGCAAUUACAUCUACAAAAAUCAUUCCUUGAGGAUCUUGAGAUUGAGAUAUGUUAAAAUAUAUGCAGUACCGAGACUUCCUGAAAGUCUUACAACUCUUCAUUUGAGUACAUUGUACAUGGACAAGUUUCCAGAUCUCUCGAACUUGACUAAUUUAAAGGAAUUAAAUCUGAGUUUUGGCACACGUGAUUAUGAUGAGGAAUCUAAUGGACUUGUGGAAGAUUCGAUACGAUGGUGGAUUGGGAAAUUAAGCAAACUGGAGUUUCUGACCCUAUCCUCUAAUUAUAUGACCACCUUACCAACAGAUAUUAGUCUCCUUCCUCAACUCAAGACACUUGACCUCACCUGCGCUAAUCUGCGUUGCCUCUCAAGGCUUCCAUCGAGUUUAUCAACCUUAUUUUUGUUUGAUUGUAUGUCACUUUGUUCAAUGGAUCUAUCAAAUUUGAAGAAACUAUCAAUGCUCAAGAUUUGGCGCUCUACAAUUUCAGAGAUUCAAGGUCUUAACUGUUUGGACAACCUACAAGAUUUGUUGCUUUCUGACCUCGGACAGGUGGAGAUAUUACCUGAUCUAAGUACUCUAAUCAAACUAAGACGUCUUCACAUAGAAUUUUGUGGUAAUCUGGUUGAGAUACAGGGCAAACUACCUCAAUCUUUAGAAAAAUUAUGGAUUUAUUCAUGUGAAUCUUUACAGAAGUUGCCUGAUUGGUCAAGCUUGAAGGUACUACAAAUGGUUGACAUAAAUGAUCGCACAGAAUUUAAUGUGUGA